CAACUAAAACUCAUUUCCCAGUUCUCAGUUCUCACUCAAACCACACUCAAAUUUGUUGAAAAAAAGAAGAAAAAAUGCCAUCUCAGCUUCAAAAAUGAAGCUAGUAUUUGCAACUCUAAGUUCCCUCAUCAAAAUGCUCGUAUCUCUCCGCAAUCUCUUUCACUUCAACCGCAGAAUCCCUAUCAGAGUAAGCCACCCUUUUCUUCUCUUUCAAAACCCACAAUCCAAUAACUCUCUUGUUGUCUGCCCUUUUGUUUUAUUCACUAGUUUUUGUUUCGUGAUCAAGCUCCCAUUUGGUACCAAGUCUGAUUGCAAUACCAGUAACUUUUUAGAUGAUCUCUAUAAGGACUCGUUGUGUAAAAUCAUUCGACAAGACCAAUGGAAUGAUCCAAAUAUCGUGAAUUUGUUUGGUUCAAGCUUGGCGCCCAUUUGGGUGUCCAAUAUUUUGGUUGGUUUGAAACAGGAACCUCAUUUGGCAUUGAAGUUCUUCAAACGGGCGAAAACCCAGAAAGGGUUUAGCCCUACAAGUGAAUCAUAUUGUAGAUUAGUGCACAUUUUGUUUUAUGGCAGAAUGUAUUUUGAUGCUACUGCUGUUCUUAAGGAAUUCAUUUUGUCAAGGCGUGGAGUAGUAGUGAUAGAUUGUAUGUGCAAAGAAGGGGAAUUGGAGACUGCAAGAAUAUUAUUCGGACAAAUGAAAGAGAUCGAUCUAACUCCAGAUGUUGUUACUUACAACUCCCUAAUUGAUGGAUAUGGAAAGGUAGGAUUAUUGGAUGAAGCCCUUUUCUUUUUUGAAGAGAUGAAGGAUGUAGCAUGCCAGCCUGAUGUAAUUACUUACAAUGCCUUGAUAAACUGCUUUUGUAAAUUUCAGACGAUGCCUCGAGCUUUUGAGUUUUUUCACCAAAUGAGGAAGAAGGGGUUGAAACCAAAUGUUGUUACUUAUAGCACGCUUAUUGAUGCUUUUUGCAAGGAAGGGAUGAUGCAGCAAGGGAUUAAAUUCUUAGUUGAUAUGAAGCGGCUUGGGCUUUUACCUAAUGAGUAUACUUAUACUUCUUUAAUUGAUGCAAAUUGUAAAGCUGGCAACCUAACUGAAGCAUUGAAGCUGGCUAAUGAGAUGUUGCAGGCAAAUAUUGACUUGAACAUUAUUACGUAUACAGCUAUAAUUGAUGGUCUUUGUGAAGCAGGGCGUAUAGCGGAAGCAGAUGACAUUUUUAGGGCAAUUCUGAAAGCUGGAUUAACACCUAAUGUGCAAAUCUAUACCACCCUCGCUCAUGGCUAUAUGAAAGUUAAGAAGAUGGAGUGUGCCUUGAAUCUUUUGCAAGAAAUGAAGGAGAAAAGCAUUAGUCCGGACCUUUUGUUUCAUGGAACUGUCAUUUGGGGACUAUGCAAUUGGGACAAGGUCGAAGAAACUAAAUUUGUCAUUAGUGAAAUGAAGGAAUCUGGAUUGAGUUUAAAUCCGGUCAUAUAUACUACAAUCAUGGAUUCUUAUUUUAAGACGGGAAAAACCACUGAGGCACUGAAUCUGCUAGAGGAAAUGUGGGAUCUCGGUAUAGAAGUUACGGUUGUUACUUUUUGUGUUUUGAUUGAUGGUUUGUGCAAAACAGGAUUGGUUCUAGAGGCAAUUAAUUAUUUCAACAGAAUGCCGGAGUUCAAUUUGCAACCUAAUGUCACAGUUUAUACAAUAUUGAUUGAUGGCCUCUGUAAAAAUAAUUUCAUUGAAGCAGCCAAAAGUAUGUUCGAUGAAAUGCUAAGUAAAAAUUUGGUUCCGGAUAAAACUGCUUACACUGCUUUAAUAGACGGAAAUCUAAAGCACGGAAAUUUUAAGGAAGCAUUGAAUCUGCGGAACAGAAUGAUUGAAAUGGCCGUGGAGCUUGAUUUGCCGGCUUACACUUCCCUGGUUUCGGGGUUUUGCCGGUGUGGUCAGUUACAGCAAGCAAGAGAAUUUCUGGAUGAGAUGAUAAGCAAGCAUAUCCUUCCUGAUGAAAUUCUUUGCAUUGGUAUAUUAAGGAAGUACUAUGAGCUUGGACAUGUUGUUGAAGCCAUUGAGUUGCAAAAUGAAAUGGCUAAAAGGGGUUUAAUUACUAGUCCCGUCCAUCAUGUUUUUCCGAGUGUGCAAACCUAAGGACUAAUUGUCUGGUUAUCUUGUUCAAGCUGUGCAGAUAACAUGAAUUGGAGGAUUGGGGUGUACCAUAAUAAAGAAUAAGAAACUGAAGGUAGUCAUUGUCUUGAGAAUGCAAACAUAAGUGAUGCUAAACCGUGACCACAUUUCAUUUGGAGUCGAAUGAGCUUUUGAUGCACCGUGCCUAGAUCGUAUCUUCCAUCCCUUGAUGCUUACUGGUAAAGCAGAGCUGCAUCCGCUGCCCGCAUACAGCCAUCUACUCUAAUUGUCGGUGCAGAUUAAGAGGUUUAGAGCAGAUGAUACUA